ACCGCGCGUUGUGCGUGGGGGACUCUAUCUCUCCCCACCCCUCCUCUGUUAUAACGCCUUCUUUCGCUCUCCCCCUUCUCCCCCAAGCCAUUUCUUUCCUCUCCCUCUCCCUCUCCCUCUCCCUCUCCCUCUCAUCCUCUCUCUUUCCCCUUCUCCUCUGUUCUCAAACCCCUUGUCCACGACACAGACACAGGCAGCCAUGACGACGUCAAACGGGCUCGUGUACGCGAGCCAGCCGUUGCGCGGCGGCAUCUACGCUCCGAUUCCCACGCCCCUGCACUCCGACGAGACGCUGGACCUGCCCACGCUGGCCCAGCACGCGCUUCGCCUUGCCCGCGCCAACGUUGGCCUCGUCGUCGGCGGCUCCACCGGCGAGGCCUCGCAGCUCACGCGCGAGGAGCGCUACGAGAUUGUCGCCACCGUCCGCAAGGCCCUCGUCGCCGAGGGCGUCGAGUGUCCCGUCAUUGCCGGCACCGGCGGUGGCUCCCUCCGCGAGACGGUCGAGCUGUGCCGCGAUGCCAAGCGGGCCGGCGCCGACGGUGUCCUCGUCAUCUCGCCCGGCUACUUUUCGGGCGCAAUUGCAAAGGACACCAAGGCCCUCAAGGAGUUUUUCUGGGAGACGGCAGACAAGAGCCCGCUGCCCGUCAUGAUCUACAACUUUCCCGCGGCGUCGGCAGGCAUCGAUCUCGACUCGGACCUGCUCGAGGACAUUGCUGCGCACCCAAACAUUUGCGGCGCAAAGCUCACAUGCGGCGGCAUCGGCAAGGGUGCACGCCUGGCCAGCAGCAAAAAGGUCGCUGGCCGGACGCCGUUCCACGUCUUUCCCGGCUUUGCCGACAUUCUCUUUCCCGGCAUGAUGGCCGGCAUGACGGGCGCCAUUGCCGGCACGGCGAAUCUGCUUCCGCGCCUCACUGUCCAGCUCUACGAGUCCAUUGUCGCCUACCAGCAGGCGCCCACGGUGCAGGCGCUCGCCGAGGUGCAGAAGCUGUCCGACGUCGUCAGCAGGGCCGACUGGGCCCUCGCAAAGACGGGCAUCUCGGGCACAAAGUGGGUCCUCGGCCGGUGGUACACCGACGUGGGCGCCCCGCGCAGGCCUCUGCAGCCCCUGGCCAAGGACAAGCAGGCCAUGCUCGACGUCGAUCUUGCCCAGGCCAUUGAGCUCGAGCGCGGCCUCGAGAGGGCUGCUGGCCUCUCGGUCGUGGCCAAGCCAUGAUGCAUUCACCCCGGGUUUCUAGAGAGAGAGAGAGUGUGUGUGUGUGUGGUCAAGGUGGCUCUCCAAUUGCUUGCUUUAGCCCCAGGCAGGAGUGAUAGUAGUAGUACAGAUUACAUGUUUCUUUGCGCCUUCUCAAUCCAUUCUGCUUCAAUCC